UCCGCGUGAAGAAAGAACUUAUUCAAUCUAACAGAGAAGAAACUCAAUUAAAGAAUUAAUUAAACCCAAACAAACAACCCAUUAAUCCCAUCCAUCGACAUUCGACCUUUUCAUCUGCAAAUCGACAAUUCACAAACCCUCUCAAUUCCCAAUAAUUAUGAUCUUACAGAUCCUCCUAUGGUGUCUGCUCUUCCUCCUCGGCGGCACCCUAUUCUCCCGAAAGCUCAACCUCCCUCCAUGGCCACUCCAAUCCAAAACCCCGCCAAGAAUCUGCAAGAACAACACCACCAAAUUCAAAAUCGACCUCAUGAGAGACGUCUUCAAAACAUUCGACAAAAACAACGACGGCUUCAUUACCCGCCAGGAGCUCAAGGAAUCCCUCAAGAACAUCGGCAUCUCCGCCGCCGACCACGACGUCGCCGACAUGGUCCGCAAAGUCGACGCCAACGGCGACGGCUUGAUAGAUCUCGACGAGUUCUGCAACCUCUUUGAAGACGAUCAAGGAGGACCGUCCGAUGCCUGCCACGUGGACGGCGAUGAUGAUGAUGAUGACGGUGGGGAUUUGAGAGAGGCUUUUGAGGUCUUCGACGGGAAUAAGGAUGGGUUGAUUACUGUGGAGGAAUUGGGUUUGGUGCUGUCUUCGUUAGGGUUUAGUGAGGGCUCCAAAUUGGAAGCCUGUAAGGAGAUGAUCAGAAAAGUCGACAUGGAUGGCGACGGGAAGGUCGAUUUUCAUGAGUUCAAGAAGAUGAUGAGAGAUGGUCUCAAAGGGAUCGUCCCAACACUCUCCAACUCAAAGAAUUGAACCAAAAAAAAAAGAAAAAAGACGAUCAUGAUGGAAUCAACUGCAAUGUUGUGCCAGCUAGCAAUUGAUUCUCAUGUGUAGUGAUUUGUCUUUUACUUUAGUAUUUUAAUUAAGAGCUGUAAUAGAAGUUUAGUUUUAGGUUAAUUUGGUGUUACUCUUUGUUAGUAUUAGAUAUAUUUGGAAACA